GCUGGGCUGUGCCCCUCCAGCGGAGCCCGUGCCGUGCCGUGCCGCGCUGCGGCGGCCGCCCUUCCCUGGGCCCGUCCCCGCUGUCACACGGACAGCGCCGCGGCUAAAUUUAGCAGAAGCGAUGCCCCCCGAGCGCGCCGGGCGCCGGGCCAGGCACGCCGGGCCAGGCACGACCUCCCCGGGCCGCCCCCUCACGGCCGGGCCCGGGCCGCCCCCGCCGCCACGAUCUCGGCCUUUGCGGCGCUGAGUCACGGCAGCCCCGCCGCACGACUCCGGCCCCGCCGUGAGUCACGGCCGCCCCCGCGGGCCGAGGGGCGGGCCGGGGGGCGGCCGCGCCCCUACAAAGCGGCUCCGCCAGCGCCGGGGCAGCGCGGCGGCGGCGGCGGCGGCAUGGACGGAGCCGGGCUGGGCGCCGCCGCCUGCGCCGCGGCCGCGGGGCUGCUGCUCUACCGCAUCGCGCGGAGCCUCGUACCUGGAUCUGACUUUGGAAGCAGCGUGUGCUUUAGCACACUGCCCUCAGCUGCUGCCUGAAUUCAGUCAAGGAAGAAGCCCACGCACGUGACGGUGAACUGCUGGUUCUGCAAUCAGGACACGGUGGUGCCCUACGGGAACCGCAACUGCUGGGACUGCCCCAACUGCGAGCAGUACAACGGCUUCCAGGAGAAUGGAGAUUACAAUAAGCCCAUCCCUGCCCAGUACAUGGAACACCUUAACCACGUUGUGUCGGGCAGUCCAACUUUCUGUGACCCUGCCAAACCACAGCAGUGGGUGAGCAGCCAAAUUCUGCUCUGCAAGAAAUGCAACAACCAUCAAACCAUGAAAAUCAAACAGCUGGCUUCGUUCUCACCAAGGGAGGAGGGCAAGUACGAUGAGGAGAUUGAGGUGUACAAGCACCACCUGGAGCAGACCUACAAGCUGUGCCGCCCGUGCCAGGCUGCUGUGGAGUACUACAUAAAGCACCAGAACCGGCAGCUGCGGGCGCUGCUGCUCAGCCACCACUUCAGGCGCCGCGAGACGGACAAGAGCUACAGCCAGAAUCUGUGUUCAUCCUCCUCUUCCACUUCCAUCACCACACCAGCUCAGGUGAUACUUCUGCGGUUCCUGGCCUUCCUCAGCUGUGCGUUCCUGGUUCUGAUGGCCUUGUACGGGUCAGGCGACCCCUUCUCCCUCAGCACAGCUGUCCCUGUCCCCUCUGGCCCCGCGUCCAUGUGGAACAGGACUGGCGAGAGCCCCCGUGCAGGCGGUGACAGUGACAGUGGCAGUGACAGUGGCUCGGGCCGGGGCUGGCGGGAGCUGCUCCGCCUGCUCCCGGAGCACCUGCUGGAGAACCUGAGCGUGGCGUGGGCCUACGGCAAGAAUCACCAGAUGGCAGUGGCUGUGCUGGGGCUCUUCACCUGCCUGCUGGCCAUGUUCCUGGCUGGGCGCAUCAGGCUCCGGCGAAUCGACGCCUUUGCCUCGGUGCUGUGGUUGGUGGUGAUGAGCCUGCACCUGGCCGAGCGGUACCUGAAGGCAGACACACCCAGCUGGCUGGACACGGCCAAGUUUGGCACCACGUCCCUGUGCUGCCUGGUGGGCUUCACGGCAGCCGUGGCCACGCGGAAGGCAACGGGCCAGCGGAGACUGCGGCCCCGAAGGUACCUCUCUGGGGACUCCAUUACUGUCUUUCCCAGCAGCCCUGGCACAGCCUUCCCUUCACCUGCCACGUCUCUGUUUGUCCCAACACCACCCAGUAUCCUCCACCUGACAAACCAGCAGCUCUUCAGGUCCCCACGCAGAACUGCCUCGUCCUCUCUUCCCGGCCGUCUCAACAGGGCGCUCUCGCUGGGCACCAUCCCCUCGCUGGCCCGGGCAGAUUCUGGCUACUUGUUCAGUGGAAGCCGGCCGGCCUCGCAGUCAUCGCAGUCCAAGGAAUCCCCUACAUCAGAUCCCUUCUCCCUGCUGGCGGGCAGCCGUGCCCCGUCCCGCCUGCCGUCCCCGGCGCCCUCGGUGGCCGGCUCGGUGACCUCCAGCUCGGGCUCGCUGCGCUUCCGCCGCCCGCUCAUCAGCCCCGCGCGCCUCAACCUGCAGGGACAGAAGCUGCUGCUGUUCCCGGCGCAGGGCGAGGCCCUGCUGGCCCCGAGCGGCUCCGAGGAGCACCCCCAGCCCGACAGCAACGCCCUGGGCCCCGAGCUGCCCGGCUUGCCCCGGCGGAGCCCGGCCGUGCCCGAUAUGAGGUGUGCUGUGGAAGGGGGGAGUAUUUGCAGUGAUAAUUCCAUCAGAAAGGAGGAUCACUCGUCGCACUCGUCUACCUGUGUGGUAGACACAACUACCAAAGGGGAGGAUCUGGCAGGCUGGAGGGGUCGCUUUGGUACCUCUGCCCUCCGGGGCCUGCUGGCCGUGAGCCUGACCCUCAAUGCUGUCUUCACAUCAGCCUAUGUCUACAGGAGCCUGCGCUGACGUGUGCCAACACUCCCUCUCUCUCCGGUUCCACCUGGUCCUGAGGAGCUGAGAGCAACUCAACCAUGGCUUCAUGGCCAAGGCCAGGCCACCGGUGCAUGCUGUUCAUUAAAAAACUACUGUACACUCAACUGGCAUGAAAAGGAACCCGGGCAGCUGCUGCCAUCCCUUCCAGGUAGAAGAUAUCCCAGGACUGUCCCUGGAGAUGGCAGGCAGCAUUCCCAGCUCAAAGCAGGAGGCCAGUCCAACGGCCCACACACUUCCUUUCAAAAGAACUGACCUGAGACACAAGCCUGAAAAUGUGUGAGCUGCGUUUUUAGGAACCCACCCCCAGCUCCUCUUUCUGACAUACUGACCUCGUGCUGAUGGUGCUGGUAAAAUGGGGAGAGUCAGAACAAAUGAGCUGAAGAAGAGGGAUGGCUUAGUAGCUGGUGCUGGGCUUUGGCUACUGGAACAGCAUCCCCAGGCUCUGCUCAGUGGUUCCUCUUCUCUCUUCUCUCUGGCAUUCUCCUCUAAAUUGUCAGUGAACUUUCUUUAGUUGCCUUAAGCUUGCCUAAGCACAUGGGUGACCUUGGCUGCUCUGUCAUGUUCUUGCAUCUUAGAUGUCCUUGUGCUUCCAGCUGGGCCUGGCCCCGAGGCCGCUUUCACCAGUUCCAUUGUGGCCAUGCUGGCUCUCAGCCCCCUGUGUGUGCCUGUCCAGCCAGCCCUGUGGCUGCACAGCCCCCAGACAGACUCCUGUGCUGCAUCAGAGCCUGCAAGCCCCUGCUCUGCUUUGCCCAGCAGGCAUGGACCGCGUUACUCUGACGUGGUAAAAGAAAGGAUCCCAGUGUGAUUUGCACCACAAAGGGCUGCAGCUCACAGCUCUGCUGGAGUUUUCACUGAAGCAGUGAGUGGCAGGGCCUGCUCUUGCUGUAAAUCGCACAAAUCUGUUCUGUUAGAGGUGGGUGGGGAGCUGUGUGAUUGUAUACAUCUAUCCAGAAACCUGGCACCUCAGUCUGAUGUUGGGAUUUGCUAAGUAACUGUUUAAGAGAUUUCUUACUUAGUAAAAUGCCCGGGUGCUCUCAGUGAGAAAUGCCAAACCUGCUUCUGGACAAUUCAGCCUUCUGGAUAGGUUCUUCUUUCCUAGCCCAAGGAAAGUAGUAGGUUUUCAAAAGCAGUUUGUAAUUUGGGUGUUUCUGCUUUUGGGUAAGUCUUUAGCAUUGCUUAGAAUUCAGGGGCCAUUUAGAGCAUUGUGCUGAACACUCAGAAUCAUUUAGUGCAUCUUAGAGAAAAAAAGGAAAUCCUGAUCUUGAUGUUUUGGUUCCCAAAAACCAAGUGCAGAGAGAAGAUUUACCGGCGUAUGAAAAAACCUGGUGAGAAGAGAGUUGUCUGGCAUUAACUGUGUAUUUCCUGAAGCAGGACUCAGAUCUAUUAAGAGUUUUUCUGUUGUCUCUUCCUUUGGGCUCCUUUUACCUCAGAUUUCACUGCCCCACCCCACUGCCCUGUGUUUGCAUCCUGACUUGGUGUUUCCUGUGUCUUUCCCUCCCUUCCAGCUGGCUGCUGUUCCUCUCUUGUGUUCCUGCAUGUGCACAGAACAAGGUGUAUGUGCUGCUGACCGUUCUCUGCUCUGGGCUGAGCCCCGCCUCGCAGUGAUGAUCACCCUUCCUUUCCCUUUGGUUUUUUUGUUGCAUGUUUCACUUGAGUUCCUUCCCAGCCUCGCUUGGUGGACCACGGGAGCCGGACCCCGAGCAGCAUGUGUGUGCUUGCUGCUGCUGAUUCAAGCACUGAAAAAAUGACUGUCUCUAUGCUUUCCGAGUCUCCCUGCAUGGUUUGAGCUGCCCACUUCCAGCUGCUGCUCCCGCCCUCCCUGUGGGUGAGACUGGUCCCUGCUGUGCCUCGGGGAGGCCAGGCCUGCACUGUGCAGGGCUGCACAGCCAGCCCCUCCUGGACAACAGCCCAGAGCCAGGAGAGACCUGCAGCACAAAGCAUGAACCUGCAUGAGCUGUUCCUUGUAGCCAAACCGGACCCAUGACCUGUUGUAAAGAGAUUUUUGUCCCUUUUAUAGACUUUGCACGCUCACCCGAGCACGGGUACAGGCAGGAUGAUGGCAGAGCAGCAGCUGCCAAGCUUCUCUUUAAGCCUCUGCUCUCUGGGUCUGACGAUGUUCUGGUGCAGUGUGUGACAUGCCCUUCACGGAUCCUUGUCCUGCCUAGAGGCCUCCUGCACAGAGACAAGCUGCCAGAAGAUGCCUUUGUGGCUUUGCUUGUCCUCGUCACCCGGCAGAUGUGCACUGUGACUUCGUGUAUGCAAACCUCCCACUUCCACCUCCCAGCCUGCGCUGAGUUUCACCGCCACACUCGACCAGAUUGCAAUACCACCCUUCUCCUCCUCUGCAGCAGCCCGGGAGCUGCAGCAUCUCCACACAAAUCCUCCCAGCCGCGCUCGGAGCAGGGACUCUGUAACCUGUGGCUGCGCUCCUGUGGCUGCUCCCUCAAACUCUGGGAAGGGGGUUUGGUGACCUUGUCCAAAGCAAUAGAGAGACUUUGGGGUUUGUUGCUGAAGAGGGAAGUUUUUCAUUCUGGUGCUAGAACUCUCUCCCGUGGUGCUCUCACGGUUGUGAAGCCUUUGCUUGAGGAACACACGAGCGUGUGUGAGAGUGUGUGUGUGUGUGUGUGUGCAUGCAGAUGUACAAAAACAUUUGCAAGGUUUCUUCAUUUCAGAAGAUCUGAGCCCAUGUUUGUCUUUAUAUUGUUGGCCUUAAUCUAGCUCGUAGAUACUGUGUCUAUCUUGCUGCUCUUUUCUGUACAAAGCUGGUUUGCAGGAAGCAGAAGUUUAUCUGGUCCCCUGUAAAAAUAUCUGUGACUGAUGAUGUUGAUCUUCAUACAGUGUUCUUCAGGGGGGAGAUUUUAUUUUUCUAAUACUUUUCCUACUGUAAAAACUGUUGGAGUGUAUGGAGUGGGAAAGAUCUUUAAAAAAUGGCCUGAUAAAGAUCUGAACGUGACUUAAUAAUACCAACAAUUAACGACCAGGUCGAGUAUAAAUGAGAUUUAUUUUCAGACCUUUUCCAUUUCCUACUUUCCAUUGAAAAUGUCCAGGUACUUUUUCUUUGGCUAUGGGCUUGUUAGGCACGUUCUGAGACCUUGCAGAUACUUUAGAUGAUUCUGCUGUUGUGAAUUAGAAAGAAUUUGUAUUUUGGAGUCUGGUUCCAGUUCUGCAGUCUGGGGAGUGGCAGAUGUGACAAAUAUUAUGCACAUAUCUAUUUGAUGGGAUAGAGGGAGUGGGUAGAAUGAGUUGCUGGUUUCUGAAGUUUAUCACACCUUUUAACAUAAAAUCUUAGACAUUAAAUUGGUCACUGGGGGGGGAACCUCAUUGCUGGCAUGUGUAGGUGCCAGAUUCACUGAAUUUUAGGCUGUUUGCUCAAGCAACAGAUGAGGCCUGUGAAUGUUCAAUUCCCACUCCCUCUUCCUGGGUGCUGGGAGCAUCUGUAAACCCCUGCUGAACUGGCUGGGUUCCUUGUAACAGGGCAGCUGGACUGAAGGGCUUCUGUUGCCUGUGGAUGCUGCUAUAUUUUUCUUCCAAGCAAGCACCAUUCCUGGAAAUAACAAUGGUCUUAACCUCUCUCACAGACAUUUGUUAAAAGGCUAGAAUGGGCCAAUUUGGCUCUUUUGUUUUUUUUUUUUUUUUUUUUUUUUUUAAUAUAUGUUGCAUCCAGAAAUUAUCAUCACUGUGUUCUGGGGUGGGAGUAAGGUACAGAGUAUUUUUUGAUUGAAUGGGCAUCUAGAGAGGGUGAGGAGGACAAUUUCAAGUCCUAAACCUUCUUUCCUGUGAAAGAAAGACUGUAUGUUGUAUGUGUGCGUCCUCUGCGGAGCUCUGUCACUGUACAGUUCAGUUAACAUGCUCCAAGGAAGGAGAAGCUGUUCCUCGGAGGUUUUUAGUUCAUGCUUUGUGUUUAAAGAGGAAUAUUUUUCUUUAAAAAAUAAAACCAGAUAAGUUUUCA